AUGAAGUUCUCCGCCGUCAUCGCCGCCGUCUCGGCCACCGCCGUCUUCGCCGCCCCCGGCGCCGAGUCCAGCCCCAACAACUUCGGCGCCGUUGAGAAGCGCGCCUCCUUCCCCAUCCCUGCCUCCAAGGGCACCGUCACCUUCAAGGCCCCCCAGUCCGUCUCCGGCACCUUCGACGGUGGUCUCAAGACCUACGGCCGCGGCGUCAAGUGCACCGGUCAGGUCGAGGGCGGCAACAAGGACGCCGUCUUCAUCCUCGAGAACGGCGCCACCCUCAAGAACGCCAUCAUCGGCGCCGAUCAGAUCGAGGGUGUCCACUGCAAGGGCUCCUGCACCAUUGAGAACGUCUGGUGGACCGCCGUCUGCGAAGACGCCCUCACCCUGAAGGGCGACGGCAACGCCAGCGUCAUUGGCGGUGGUGCCCGCAGCGCUGAGGACAAGGUCAUCCAGCACAACGGUCUCGGCACCGUCACCAUCGACGGCUUCACCGCCGUUGACUUCGGCAAGCUGUACCGCUCCUGCGGCAACUGCAAGACCAUGGGCGAGCGCAACGUCGUGGUCAAGAAUGUCAAGGCCUUCAACGGCAAGAUGCUCACCGGCAUCAACUCGAACAAGGGCGAUACCUCCUCCAUCACCGGCACCUGCGCCACCUCCGUCAAGGAGAUCUGCAGCGAGUUCCAGGGCACCACCCCCGGCCACGAGCCCAAGAAGACCUCUACCGGCGCUUCUGCUUCUUGCAAGAUCUCCGCCGUCAAGGCUUGCUAA